AUGGGUGACUCAAACGGUGUCGUUGAGGCUGAGCGCUUCGCUAUCGGUAUCUCUUUCGGCAACACAUCCAGCUCAAUUGCCCGUAUUUCGCCUGAGGGCAAGGCUGAAGUUAUCGCCAACGAGGAGGGAGACCGUCAAAUCCCCAGCAUCCUCUCUUACAUCGAUGGUGAGGAGUACCACGGUACUCAGGCCAAGGCUCAGCUCAUCCGCAACUCUUCCAACACUGUCGCAUACUUCCGGGACUACUUGGGCAAGGAGUUCAAGUCCAUCGACCCUACCCCGGCCCACGCCUCCGCCCACCCCCAGCAGAGCGAGUCCACUGUCGCUUUCACCAUCCGUGACAGCGCCAGCGAGACCCCCAACACAGUCACCGUCUCAGAGAUCACUACCCGCCACCUCCGCCGCCUGAAGCAGUCUGCCUCCGAUUUCCUCGGCAAGCAGGUCAACGCCGCAGUCAUCACCGUCCCUACCGACUUCACCGAUGCUCAGCGCGAGGCUCUCAUCGCUGCCGCCAAGGAGGCCGGCAUUGAGGUUCUCCAGCUCAUCCACGAGCCUGUCGCCGCCGUCAUGGCUUACGAUGCUCGUCCCGAGGCUACCGUCACUGACAAGCUGGUCGUUGUCGCUGACCUUGGUGGUACCCGCUCCGAUGUGGCCGUCGUUGCCUGCCGCGGCGGUAUGUACACCAUCCUGGCCACCGCUCACGACUACGAGCUUGGUGGUGCUUCGCUGGACCAGAUCAUCAUUGACCACUUCGCCAAGGAGUUCGUCAAGAAGCACAAGGUUGACCCCCGCGAGGACGCCCGUGGCCUUGCCAAGCUCAAGCUCGAGGGUGAGGGCACCCGCAAGGCUCUCAGCCUGAGCGCCAACGCUCAGCUGAGCAUUGAGUCUCUGGCUGCCGGUAUUGACUACAACUCCACCAUCAACCGCACUCGCUUCGAGCUCCUCUCCGCCAAGGUCUUUGCCCAGUUCACUGGCCUGAUUGAGCAGGUUGUCAAGAAGGCCGGUCUUGAUGUCCUUGACAUCGACGAGGUCAUCUUCUCCGGUGGUGCUUCGCACACCCCCAAGAUCGCCCAGCUGGCCCAGAACAUCUUCCCCGAGACUACUACCAUCUUGGCCCCCUCCACCACCACCACCGCCAUCAACCCCUCUGAGCUGGCCGCCCGUGGUGCCGCUUUCCAGGCCUCCCUGGUCCAGGAGUUCGACCACGAGGAUGUUGAGCAGUCUAUCCACCCCAUGGUCACUGUCACCCCCCACCUGACCAAGCCCAUCGGUGUCGAGUUCACCUCCGGCAGCGAGACUUCCUUCCAGCCUCUCCUCGCUUCCGAGACCGCUCUCCCCGCCCGCCGCAUCGCCCAGUACUCCGUCCCCAAGGAUGGCGGUGAUGUUCUGGUCCGCGUGUGCGAGGGCUCUCGCGACAUCAAGGUCACCAAGCCUGAGCCCAAGCCCAAGCAGGAGAAGCCCGCUGAUGAUGAGGACUCUGACUUCUCUGACGAUGAGGAGGAGGAAGAGAUCCGCGAGAUUGUGUGGCAGACCGAGAGCCCCGUCGCUGAGCUCGCCGUCAAGGGCGUCAAGGCCGGCGGCAAGGUCGAGGUCAUGGUCCACGUCAACCCCGAUCUGGGCCUCCAGAUUGCUGUGCGUGAGGUCGGUGGCCAGACCGCUGUCCGUGGUGCCAUCAACGGCUCUGCUUAG